CCACAGCCUACAGGAACUAAAACGGGGAAACUGUUAGGCGGAAGCUGCUGAAAGACAGGAUGGAAUUCCUCCCCCCACCUAUUCCAACAAACUAGGGCAACGCAGUGCCAAACAUGCACUCAUUUUUUACAGCACCUGUCUUUAUUGGCGCAAUGUUGGCAUAUUACACGAGAAGAUUAGGUGCCCAAACCCCAGCUGCCCAGAACUCACCAGACACUUUUCUGAUCAGAAAAGGUUUUUCCUCUUCUGCACGACAGGUUUGUGGUCUGAAGUCUUUUUACACUCUGCUGUCUGAACGACUGCUGUGCACUCACUGUGAAAAGGUGAGGAACGCCAGUGAGAUGACCAGAGACCAGGACCCCCAGCAGCAGUACAGCUGGUUGGCAUCCAGCCCUAGAAUUCUCAUGAAUUUGGCUCCAGCUGUGCAGCACAUGUUCCCAGCCAUCCUGUGUGGAAAGCGCGCCAUUGACAGAAGUGCGGUGAAUCUGCUCAAUGAUCGCAUCAACUCACUGAGCAUGAGCAAAGUGCAGCGGCUCAUCCAGCAGGGGCACGAUGAGUGGUACAUGGACCGCAGAGGCCUCUACCAAACGCUCCUGUAUGACGCCCACACCCUCAGAGGCAGCUCCUCCCAGAGCGGGAUCCUGUCCUUCCUGAAGUCACCGGGACAGUACACACCUCGCCUUCAGCAGAGACCUCUUCCAUCUGCGCAAGUGCUGUGUCGAGCGCACAUGAUCAGCGAGAUGGAGAAGAUGUCCGUGUAUCGUUCCUCCAUACUGAGCGUGACAGGAGAAAUCCUGUGCAUCGACGGCACAAAGCAGUUGCUGAAAAAGAUCUAUGGUGACGGCCAAGCAACAAUGCAGUACCUCACUUGCGUGCUGAACGAAUGGGGUCAAUUUGUGACCACCGGUGUGGUGGCGUCAGAGUAGAGCUACAGAAGAAUGGCCCGUGGACUGAAUGCCAGGUUCAAGCGUGCACAAGAACCUGCUCCCAAAUUUCUGUACGCCGACACUCACUGCUGUUGGUAAGUCACAAUUUUAACCAUUUUUGGAACCACAAAACGUGUGACACGGCCCAAGACCUGACAAGCACCAUGGAGGAGCAACAAACUGGUGACGAAUACUGGCUGUGGAUUUCCUUAAGAAGGCAGCAGGGCAAAUGAGGUGAGUGGCAACAGCUGGGAAUCCUCCAGACCAGAGCGGGGCAGGGCUGACAGAGGCACCAUGACAGCCUCACCAGAUCAGGAGCUACGUUCGCCGGGUUACCAGGGGCGUUGAGGUAAGUCAACCAUUCAAUGUUUUCCUGAAUGUUUCCUGUAGUCUCACUCACACAUUUAUGUCCCAUUUCAAGGUAAUCUUCAGAUUUGUUGACUUCAUAAUCAGAAGUAUGCAUUUUUAUGUCUGUGGUUUAUGUUUCUACGUGUUUCAGAACAGUGCAGUUGCUGUGGAGUUCAUCCUGGAGUAGUUUAAGGGACCAGCAGGGCUGGACAUUGAUGGCAUCCCUCCUCUCCACAAACAGACCCACCUGGCAUACAAUUGUACAUCAGCACCGAGGUUGUGACACUGAACGGCGUGGAGCUCCAAGGGUACAAGUGUCGACGAGGGACGAACGCUUUGGAAGGGCUGCAUGCUCAUCUUCCCCGUGCAGUUCCCUCCCACAGGUGUGGCAUCAUGCCAUUUCAGGUGUACCUCAUAUCGUUUGCGGUCCAGUGGAACAGCCGGAUGGAGUCUCUCCGGGUUGCUGGUGGGAAAGAGCGGCAGUCUUCCUGCGUGGAUCCCAGACGCAUUCAGCUGCUCAACCAGCAGUCGGAGCUUCUGUUUGGGAGGGAGCACUUGUUCAAGCCAGACUUCACAGCACCGAUGCCCCUCCCUCAGUCGUACACCAGCCCUGAUGAGGAGGAGCUCCUGGGUGUCGAGUAUGCGCUGUGCCAGUCCACUAACUUUGCCUCCAGGGAAUACUACAUCAGCCAAGUUGAGAAGGAGCAACCCUCGAAGACGAGGAAGAAAAAGAACCAGAUGGAUCUUUGGACCCUGACGACGCUGAAAGCUGUGAUGAGGGUAUCAGCCUUGAGGGUCACGCCAGUGAGGACGCCAUUGACUCCCUCCAUCCCGAACACUCUGUGCUCACUUCAGACGAGCAGGUCACGGAGGAAGUGAGUCCAGCGCAGCAGGACGUUCUCAUGGGCUCAAGCAAACUUCACCUUCCAGGAUUCGAGGAGGUUGAAAGCUUAGCAAUGGUGCUUUUGCUGUUAGUGGAUGACAGUGAUCGGCACAUCAUCCCAGCCGACAUUCGUCAGCGGAUAAAGGCCGCCGCGAGUCAACUACAUGAACACGACAAGUCUGCAGUAAAUUUUCAGAAGAAGUAUGAAUCCAAAUGGGGCUACACGCUGUUUGGGAGGUGCCUUGGACCGGCAACGGCAGAAAACAUUGCAGCACAAAAAACGAAAUUUGCCCGGUUGACCCAUGCGCAAGCAGCCCAGAUUACAGAAGACUCACGCCUCCUGUACUUAAUAAAAAUGCUGAAGAACAGACCACCAGCAAGCCAGACACACACUACAACCAAAAUAAGUCUGAUAGUAAGAGCGCAGUACAAGCGGAUUGUGGACCGUGUACGGGACGACCCUGUCCUGUCAGCGCACAUCCCACUACCCAACAUCAACUCCAAAUCUGUUUCCGCAUUCCUGACACGUGAGGAGAAGAAGGCAAACUACAGGGCAACCAUGGUCCCACAAGUCACCUGCCACCAAAAAGUCCUCUCAGAAGAGCCGAUGCCUGCCGCUCCACACCUUCCAGACUCCCUUCCUGUGCCAAACAGGCCAGAGGUGCAAUAUGCUGUCAUCCCUCAUGUAACUGGCAAGAGAUGGGCAGAAAAAAGGAGAUUGGACGUCACUGAGCCUACUGCAACAUGUAGGAAAAUCAUGCCAAAAGGGAGUCCCACAGCAUCCCAAAGCACGGCAAAUACUCCCAUCCUGCUGGUUGUUCCAUCCCAACCUCAGGCCCCAACCUUAUCAUUCCCAUCUGUUGCCUCUGGUAGCAGUGCAGGUUUCUCUUUCACCUUGCCCCCAGCCAGGGUGCCAGCUAAGCCAACAAUGCCUUUCAAAUCACACAAGCCUUGUGCAGCUUGUGGCAUUUCGAGAUGUGGGGGCUUACGCAAGCGCUACACUCCUUCAAAGGACAAGGUGGCAAACAGCAAACAGAAAAUAUUCACAUACUGUCCCACAACAAAGAAGUCCACCACACCAGGAUUUGAUCAGACAUAUGCAGACUAUGAGGAUUUUAUGAAGGCUGUUGAUCUUUUUUUAGCAGCAGUAAAGGACCACAGUGCAGAAGAUGAUGUAUGACUGUGUGAAUGUAUUUGUAUAGUUGCAAAAACUGAACCAGACUGUUAAGAUGUUUCUUAUUUAUCAUCAAAGAAGGGUUUGUGCAUUGUUUGAA